AUCACCUGUUGGAUAAUAGAGGCGUGUCAUCUCCCCCGCGCGGCUCUCGCAGGUGCAAGAGCGCGAAUCCGCGACAGUCCAUCUCUACAUGGGAGCACUAUGUCCGAGAGAUAGCAGGAGUGUUCCAUUCGCCAUUCCGUGACAGACUGAAAUACCUCAUAGUUUAGGCGAAAUACUGUUAUUCAGCUGAAGUUAGGUUGAAUUGACUUUAAAAGACAUCGUGAUUCACGACUGUGCGCUAUCGAAGACGAGAGGCAUGGGGACGACUGAGAAACUUGGAUAAUCUGAUCCACGUUUUUACUUCGGCUUGCUAACAAAGUUAUACGGUUAGCCCUUAUUUUCCAGAGAUCCAAGAUCAGAAAACAUUAGCCGGGUAGUCGUAGUCCUGCAUUUAUACUGACGCGUCCUCUUGAGUAGCACGAACUUUGCAGGUAUAUCCAGACAUUACCUAGCUGCAGCUGGUCCUGUGGCUUGAGGAGACGGUACAUGUUGGGCGAUGGAGACGCUGCGCGCUGGGAGACUCGGAGCACUACUAACGCUAGCCUGGGUGUGGAGUUCACCAGGUGAUUCUCAGCGGGUGGAGAUGCCUCGGCGGGAGCUGGAGGUGACGCGGGGCCAGAUGGUACUGCUGCAGGCCUGGUACAGCCCCACAUCCAGCAUCGACCGCAACUCCGUCAUCUGGAACUUCAUGGCCAACGACUCCAAGCAGAUAAUCACGUUUACGUCGGGGCAGAUUGGCAUCAGCCCUGAGUUCGGUAAGCGUGUGGGCUUCGCCAUGCCUAUGCCCUCCACCAACCUGUCCAUCUACAUCAACAACACACAGGAGUCUGACACAGGACGCUACCUCUGCAACGUGCUUAUCCCAGGAGCACCUGGCCUCUCAGGGGAGCUCCGGCUCAACGUCAAGGUGCCACCAUCUCCUCCAGUGUGCUCCGUGACCGGUCGGGCGGUGCUGAAGGGGAACGUCACGCUGCGCUGUAAGUCGGGCGAGGGGAAGCCGACGCCGCAGUACAAGUGGACCAGAGUGGCCCCAGUGUCUGAAGUCUACUUCUCCCCCAUGCAGACCUGGAGGUCCUGCCCGCAGCCCCUGCUGGUGCUGGGCUACCUGGAUGAGCGGCAGGGCACCCUGCGGCUGAAUAACCUCACCAAGAGCAUGUCUGGGAAAUAUGUGUGCCGUGCCAGCAACACUGCCGGAGCAGAGAGCUGCUUCAUCAACCUGGAAGUGUCUGCCCCCACCAGUGCCAGUGUGAUCGCGGGCGCAGCCGUGGGAUCAGUCGUCGGGCUGGUAGCCAUCGUCCUCUUCCUUGUCUUCAUCCUUCGAAGAAGGCGGGACACCGAGGAAGAGAUAGCCAAUGAGAUCAAAGAAGAUGCCCAGGCUCCUAAGCGGGUCUCCUGGGCCAAGAGUGGCACGGGCUCGGACAUCAUCUCCAAAAAUGGCACGCUGUCGUCCAUCGCCACGAGUCCUCCGCCGCACGAGUCUCUGGACCAGUUGCACCACCAUAACCACCACCUUCAGCAGCCCCCCGGCAAUCAUUACAGCUACGCACCACCCCGAGAGCUGCCCUCCGACCCCGCCGCACUAGCCGGCUACCGCCUGCGACCAGGCCAGCCCAACCCGCUGCACGGCCUGCCUGGGUACAACAUCAGCGGCUCGCCCCUGCCCUCCCACAGCUCUCCGCCUCUGGGGCACCCCCACCCCUCACGGGGCACACACCCACAUGCACACACUCUCCCACACACUCCCCGCCCCGCCAGUGCUAGCAGCUCACGCCACAUCACUGCCAAUGGCCCAGCCAAUCAAAUGCGGCGCACUAGUGUGGCUGACCAGCCCCUAAGCGGUCAUCCAAUCACUGCUAACGGUCCCGUUCAUACUGCCAGCCCCCGACCAAUCACUGCUAACGGUCCCGUCCACACAUCCAGUCCUCGACAAAUCAUUGCUAAUGGUCCUGUUCACUCAUCCAGCCCCCGACCAAUCACUGUUAAUGGUCCUGUCUACACAACCAGUCCCAGACCAAUCACUGCUAACGGUCCCGUCCACACCCCCAGUCCCCGACCAAUCAGUGUGAACAGUCAAAUCUAUACAACCAGCCCUCAACCAAUCACUGCUAACGGUCCCAUCCACGCAUCUAGCCCCCGACCAAUCAGUGCUAAUGGCCCGGUCCAUGUAUCCAGCCCUCGUCCAAUCAGUGUGCCCAGCCCCACCCCAGACUCCCUUCACAGGACUGAUGGGGCCGAGCCACAGGCCGCACCUCAGACAACACAUCCACAAUCGCAAACCCUGCCGUCAGUCGUCACCAUAGCAACACUCUCCCGAGUGGGGGCAGUCCCUGUUAUGGUUCCCUCCCAGAGCCAGGCGGGUUCUCUGGUGUAGCACCACAAGUCCACUAAAGGUGACGGCAGGGUUUGCGCAGUCCACUUGAUAGGACUGGGCUGUCAGACAUUGGAACCAGGGGGCUACAGAACCGGGCCAGAUCUAAGUGCGGUGUGACGUGCUGAUCUUGACCCCUCAACUUGCGACUGCCCGAAGGAGAAGAGAAAGCGGAGGAGAAGAGGAGAGGAGGAAAAGAAUAAUAUGAUUUUGAAAAUGAGCUGAAUGGACCCUGUUGUUUGACCACACACCUCACUGGACAAUCCUGAGGUCAAGGGAGAAUCGUAAUGACCUUCUGUGCUUUGAGUUACUUUUUUUAUUUAAAAUGAUUUAAACAUGAUAGCUACUGUGUCUGUACACUGUAUCUCUCCGACCUCUGUUGCAGCAUCUUUCUACAGAGUGUACAGUACUGUUUAAUUUCUAUUCUGUUUGUUGCGCGGUAGUGUUGUGUGUUGUGGAUCGGUUUGGUUCGGCAUUGAAGAGUGUGCUACCGUGAGAAGAGUGUGUUACGUUGACAAAUGCACUAUGAAGAAUGUUACUGCUCUAAGAGCUAUCGGGUUCCAUUAAAGUCAUGGACUGGAGUUCAGGCCC